CUCCAAACCAGGGUCAGAAAUCUUGACGUGCAGCCUUGGGUAGACGUUCUCUACGUACCAACAUUGAAUCGUCACUCGACACAGACAGGCUCCGAGCCCACAUCUACGCGAUGGCUGCUCCAGCUCAGAAUUUCAUCCAGCUCGCGAAAGCGCUGCCCGAGCCCCUGCAGCGCUUCUUCGCACGCUGGCCACCGGCCGCCAUCCUGCCUACAGGCAACACAGCGCCUACGCCUACGCGAUACCAAGAAGAGCGACCGAACCCAUUUCAACGAUAUAAGAACCCCGAAACCGGUGCAUGGCAGGACCCUGUGUACUCCAGUCGACGGCAAGCGGAGUUGCACAAGAUGGCCAGGGAGCAUGGCGUUGAGCACCUCCUCCCAGAGUCAAACAAGGCGGCCGAGACCAGGUUGGCGCAUCGCGUCGUGCACGGUCUUAGGGUCAAGGGUACUGGUGUCGGACAGAAGGUCAAGGGUCAUAUCCACGAGAGGCACAUGAUCUCAAAGAUGGAGAAGAAAAGAACAGCAAUGCUGGAGAUGCCACAGCUCAUCAAAUCUUUCAAGAAGACAUCAAAGUACAAGUGGACGAAGUGGCCGAAAUAAGCGAUCUACGCAGGGUCUGCGCGUGUAUAUACAACUCUGUACCUCUAUGUACCAUCAUAGUUCUUCGAUAUCCUUGGAAGCACAUCUGUUGUGCCUGGUUUUCACGGGCUGCAGGUGUUAUACAAAAAA